AGUCCAGCCCAUUCCUCCAUAAAUGCCCUGACAUCCCAGGAGCAAACAGAAGCAGGGCAGGAUGGAGCGGAGACGCAUCACCUCUGCGCGCCGCUCCUAUGCCUCCUCCGAGACGGUGGUCCGAGGCCUUGGUCCUAGUCGACACCUGGGUACCAUGCCGCGCUUCUCCCUGUCUCGUAUGAGCCCUCCACUCCCUGCCAGGGUGGACUUCUCCUUGGCCGGGGCACUCAAUGCCGGCUUCAAGGAGACUCGGGCCAGUGAGCGCGCAGAGAUGAUGGAGCUCAAUGACCGCUUUGCUAGCUACAUCGAGAAGGUCCGCUUCCUGGAACAGCAAAACAAGGCACUGGCAGCUGAGCUGAACCAGCUUCGAGCCAAGGAGCCCACCAAACUGGCCGACGUCUACCAGGCAGAGCUUCGGGAGCUGCGGCUGCGGCUGGACCAGCUUACUGCCAAUAGUGCUCGGCUGGAGGUGGAGAGGGACAAUCUGGCACAGGACCUCAUCACCCUGAGGCAGAAGCUCCAAGAUGAAACCAACCUGAGGCUGGAGGCAGAGAACAACCUGGCUGCGUAUAGACAGGAGGCAGAUGAAGCCACCCUGGCUCGUGUGGAUCUGGAGAGGAAGGUUGAGUCGCUGGAGGAAGAGAUCCAGUUCUUGAGGAAGAUCCAUGAAGAGGAAGUUCGAGAACUCCGGGAGCAGCUGGCCCAACAGCAGGUCCAUGUGGAGAUGGAUGUGGCCAAGCCAGACCUCACAGCGGCCCUGAGAGAGAUUCGCACUCAAUAUGAGGCGGUGGCCACCAGUAACAUGCAAGAGACAGAGGAGUGGUAUCGGUCCAAGUUUGCAGACCUCACAGACGCUGCUUCCCGCAACGCAGAGCUGCUUCGCCAGGCCAAGCACGAGGCUAAUGACUACCGCCGCCAACUGCAGGCCUUGACCUGCGACCUGGAGUCCUUGCGCGGCACUAACGAGUCUCUGGAGAGGCAAAUGCGCGAACAGGACGAGCGCCAUGCACGGGAGUCGGCGAGUUACCAGGAGGCACUCACUCGGCUGGAGGAGGAGGGCCAAAGCCUCAAGGAGGAGAUGGCCCGCCACCUGCAGGAGUACCAGGAUCUACUCAACGUUAAGCUAGCCCUGGAUAUCGAGAUCGCCACCUACAGGAAAUUGCUGGAGGGCGAAGAAAACCGCAUCACCAUUCCUGUACAGACUUUCUCCAACCUCCAGAUCCGAGGGGGCAAAAGCACUAAAGAAGGGGAAAGCCACAAAGUCACAAGACAUCUCAAAAGGCUCACAGUACAAGUUAUACCAAUACAGGCUCACCAGAUUGUAAAUGGAGCCCUGCCAGCUGCAGAAACCAGCCUGGACACCAAAUCCGUGUCAGAAGGCCACCUCAAGAGGAACAUCGUGGUAAAGACAGUGGAGAUGCGGGAUGGCGAGGUCAUUAAGGAGUCGAAGCAGGAGCACAAGGAUGUGAUGUGA